AUGGCUUCUGAACAAUUGGCUCGUAGAGAAAACACCACCACCGAGAGAGAGAUUCACGUUGAGAAAGACCGAGUCCCCAAGAUGACCACUCACUUUGAGCACCUUGCGGAGCAAGCAAAAGAUUCUGAUAUUACAGGUGGCAAAGAGACUCCACAGGGGAGCAUAGAAGCGUUACAAGGAGGAGAACAGUGCAAAGACCAUGCAGGGAAAGCCAUUGGCGACAUUGGUGGACGUGGAAAAGCAAGAGAGACCCACGAAUUGGGUCCUCACUUCGAAUCCCUCGCUGACAAAGUGAAGGGUGAGGAUCACAAGGGGAAAGAGAGUGACCAUGCAGCCAAUGUAGAAGCCAUGCAAGAAAGAGAAGGUGGUGACGCUGUUCGUGAUGUGGGCAAGUUUGAAACGAAAGGUGAAACAGAAGAAGCCUUAGACAGAGACAAAAGGGAUAAAGAAAAUCUCGAAAGACGAACCAGAGAAGUAACAGGAAGAGGAACAGAAGAGAAAGUUAAGGGAAGAGUUGGUGCUGAAAAUGAAGGUGCAACCGCAGUUAUAACUUGCAGAUUGGAAAAAGGUGAUAAGGGGAGAGAAGAGAGUGAAAAUACUCAGCAGAAUAUGAAAGAUAGAUACGAGAGAGCAAAGCAACAAGCGAACGAGACACUGAAUAACACAACACAGAAAAGCAUGCAAGCAAAGGACAUUGCAAUUCAAAAAGCAUCAAGUGCUGCAAAAACUGCAGCAGAAUACACAGCUCCCGUGGCAGAGAAGGCAAAAGGGUACACACUUCAAGCAAAGGAUGUUACCGUGGAGAGUGGGAAGAGUGCAGCUGAAUAUGCUGGUAAAAUGGCUUCAAAUUUGAAGGACAAGGCCACCGUUGCGGGCUGGGUCGCAGCCCAUUAUUCAACUGAGAAGACGGUGGAGGGAACGAAGGCUGCGGCCCAUGUUGUUGAAGGAGCAGCAGGGUAUGCUGGUCAUAAAGCUGCUGAGCUGGCAUCUAAGUCGGUUGGUGCUGUCAAAGGUUUGGCUGCUUCAGCUGGUGAGACUGCUAAGGAUUACACUGCAAGGAAGAAAGACGAGGCACAGCGGGAAUUUGAAGCCAAAAGAGCAUCACAACCUCAGGAAGCUGAGGAGAGGCCACCAGAUGGCGAAACUGUGAGCCAGAAUGCACAAAAAACGAAACCCGGACAAGAAGGGAGGGGAAGCAAUGUGUUGACAGCAAUAGGAGAAACUGUGGGAAGUGUUGGGGAGAAGAUAAUGAAACCAUUUGAAAGAGAAGGGAGAAGGGAAAGUGGGAAUGACCAAAGUGGUGAAAAGGGGACAUUGAGAAGCAUUGGUGAAAGGUUAGGUGAUGUUGCAAAAAAGACCAAGGAACCAUUGGAUAACAUCACUGAGGGAGGAGGCGAGGUGUUGGAAGCUGCUGGUGAAACUGUGGGUGAGAUUGGAAAUAACAUGAUUAAACCAGCGGAGAAGGUUCAGGAACAUCAACAGGGUCAAGAGGGACAGGGGGGUGGGGUGUUGGGUGCCAUUGGUGAAACCAUUGUUGAGAUUGCUCAGACAACAAAAGUCAUGGUUACUGGCGAGGGUGAAAGAGAGUCAUCAAGGAAGAGUGUUGGGUCAGAUUCUCGCUCAACUAAUCGUGCCAAACAUGAAGGAUCACAGACUUGA